AGGCCACGGAGCAGGCGUUUAGGAAAAGAGCCUAAAAGAAUGUCUUGGGAAGGGACAGUCAAGUCGACCCAGGGAAGCAGGUUCAGAAGCUCUCAUUUUCCAUCUUUCUGCUCAAUCUGCUGGCUCACUGGCACCAGCAUGGCCUUUUCCAGGGUCCCUCUGGACACUGACCUUCCCUCUUUCUGCUUUCAGUUCUGGGAGGUGAUUGGUGAAGAGCAUGGGAUUGACUCAGCUGGGAGCUACCACGGGGACUGUGCUGUGCAGCUGGAGAGGAUCAGUGUGUACUACAACGAGGCCCACGGUAAAAAAUACGUGCCCCGGGCAGUCUUGGUGGACCUGGAACCUGGGACGAUGGAUAGCAUCCGAUCCAGCAAAUUGGGAGCUCUCUUUCAACCAGACAGUUUUAUCCAUGGUAACUCGGGGGCUGGUAACAACUGGGCGAAAGGCCACUACACUGAGGGAGCGGAACUGAUGGAAGCUGUCCUGGAUGUUGUGAGGAGGGAGAGUGAGAACUGCGACUGCCUGCAGGGCUUCCAGAUCGUCCACUCCCUGGGUGGGGGGACGGGCUCCGGGAUGGGCACUCUGCUCAUGAACAAGAUCAGGGAGGAGUACCCGGACCGCAUCAUGAACUCCUUCAGCGUCAUGCCCUCCCCGAAGGUGUCCGACACGGUGGUGGAGCCAUAUAACGCUGUGCUGUCCAUCCACCAGCUGAUCGAGAACGCAGACGCCUGCUUCUGCAUCGACAACGAGGCCCUCUAUGACAUUUGCUUCCGCACCCUGAAGCUGACAACUCCCACCUAUGGCGACCUCAACCAUCUGGUGUCCUUGACCAUGAGUGGCAUAACCACCUCCCUCCGGUUCCCAGGGCAGCUCAACGCAGACCUGCGCAAGCUGGCGGUGAACAUGGUACCCUUCCCCCGCCUGCACUUCUUCAUGCCCGGCUUUGCCCCGCUCACAGCCCAAGGCAGCCAGCAGUACCGGGCCCUCUCAGUGGCCGAGCUCACCCAGCAGAUGUUUGACGCCCGCAACACCAUGGCUGCCUGCGACCCCCGCCGUGGCCGCUACCUGACAGUGGCCUGCAUCUUCCGGGGCAAGAUGUCCACCAGGGAAGUGGAUGAGCAGCUGCUCACCGUGCAGACCAGGAACAGCAGUUGCUUUGUGGAGUGGAUCCCUAACAAUGUCAAGGUGGCUGUCUGUGACAUCCCACCCCGGGGGCUGAACAUGGCUGCCACCUUUAUAGGCAACAACACGGCCAUCCAAGAGCUCUUCAAUAGGGUUUCCGAGCAUUUCUCUGCUAUGUUCAGAAGGAAGGCUUUUGUGCACUGGUACACUAGUGAGGGGAUGGAUGUAAACGAAUUUGUGGAAGCUGAAAGUAACAUCCAUGAUUUGGUAUCUGAGUACCAACAAUUUCAAGAUGCCAAAGCGGUUCUAGAGGAAAAUGAAGAGGUCACUGGGGAGGCAGAAAUGGAAGCAGAAGACAAGGAGCAUUAAGCACAAGGCGCUGCGGGCGGAAGCUGCAGGGUGCAGUCACUCACACAACAGUGUCUCUUAAGAUGAGCGUUGCCCUGCAGCACCCCCGAGCCUAUUCCGCACUGCAGCACAGGGACCCGGGCCCACACGCUCAGCAUCAGCUUCCACACAGGCCCAUGGGGGAGGGGGCCGGGGAAUAACCGAUAGGCAUUAGGGUCUUCUGCUGGCAUUUACUAACCUUGAAGAGUUUGAUAUUCAAAGCACACUCUACUAACUGUUUUGAAAUAGUAAAGUGAAUUUAUCAAAAAGCACUCCCUUUAAGAAUGUUUAUUGGGUAUUUACUGUAUGCAUAGCACUGUGCCAGGCCCCAAGACUAUGCGUGUGGACGUGUGGGGGGCCACCGCUGUUGACGUUGUCAACUCGUUAGCAGCACUGAUAAGCACCCUGGAAUCCUUACU